GGAAGCACGCCCCGGGGGGCGCUGCCGACCAAUCAGGAAGGCUCGUGGCCAGCCACUGACCUCUGCCCUCGCUGCCGCGAGGGCGCGCGGGAAAUCCCGAGUGCAUCACGAUUCCGCUGGGCCGUUGUGACUAUGGCCACCUCCUCGGUGUCCAAGGGUUGCUUUGUGUUUAAGCCAAACUUAAAGAAGAGAAAGAUUUCUGUGCCAAUAGAGGACUAUUUUAGUGCAAGGAACAAUGAGUCUGAGGACAGUAAGCUUCGAUUUGAAACUUACCAGCUGAUGUGGCAACAGAUGAAGUCUGAGACUGAGCGGCUACAAGAGGAAUUAAAUAAAAACCUGUUUGACAAUCUAAUUGAAUUUCUGCAAAAAUCUCAUUCUGGAUUCCAGAAGAAUUCAAGGAACUGGGGCUUUCAGAUAAAACUCAGAGAAAUUCCAACUGCUGCUCUUGUGCUUGGUGUGAAUGUCACAGAUCAUGAAUUAAUAUUCAGAAGUCUAACAGAAGCCCUUCAGAAUAAUGUCACACCACAUGUAGUCUCAUUGCAAGCUAAAGAUUGUCCAGAUAUAAAACAUUUUUUGCAAAAGUUGGUCUCACAACUGAUGAAUUGCUGUGUGGAUGUAAAAUCCAAAGAGGAAGAAAGUGUUCAGGUCACCCAGAAAAAGACACAUUGUUCAAUGGAUUUGCUUUCAAACUGGUAUAAGACUGUUACACAGAAGACAGAACCAAAAAUUCCAAGCAAAAAGAGGACUACUUCUAGCCAAUGGCAUUCUCCUCCUGUUGUGCUUAUCUUAAAAGAUAUGGAAAGCUUCACUACAAAAGUACUCCAAGACUUCAUACUAAUGAGCAGUCAACAUCUGCAUGAAUUUCCACUAAUACUCAUUUUUGGUAUCGCCACAUCUCCUAUUAUCAUCCACCGGUUGCUUCCUCAUGCAGUGUCAUCUCUGUUGUGUAUAGAGCUGUUCCAAUCAUUAUCUUGCAAGGAGCACCUGACUUCAGUACUUGAUAAGCUACUUCUUACAACUCACUUUCCCUUUAAAGUGAAUGAAAAAGUGUUGCAGGUUUUGACCAACAUCUUUUUGUAUCAUGAUUUCUCAAUUCAAAACUUUAUAAAAGGACUUCAGCUUUCUCUAUUAGAGCAUUUUUAUUCCCAGCCCCUAAGUGUUCUGUGCUGUAAUCUCCCAGAAGCCAAGAGAAGGAUAAAUUUUUUAUCAGCUAAUCAAUGUGAAAACAUUCGACGUCUCCCAUCAUUUCGGAGGUAUGUGGAAAAGCAAGCAUCAGAAAAGCAAGUUGCACUGUUGACCAAUGAAAGAUUUUUGAAGGAGGAAACACAAUCAUUAUUAGAAAACCUGCAUGUUUACCAUGUGAAUUAUUUUCUGGCUUUGAAAUGUCUUCAUAACUUCACCUCUUCUCUUCCCAAGUACCCACUGGGUCGACAGAUCAGAGAGUUGUACUGCACAUGUCUAGAAAAGAACAUAUGGGAUUCAGAGGAGUAUGCAUCAGCGUUGCAGCUACUGAGGAUGUUGGCAAAGGAUGAACUGAUGACCAUACUUCAGAAAUGUUCCAGUGUUUUUAAGUCCUCUUCUGAAAAGCAGCUUGGCAGCACAGCAAAGAAAAUAGAGGAGUUCCUGGCCCAGUUUCAGAGCCUUGAUGCAGAUGCCAAAGAGGAAGAAGAUAGUUCUGGGUCACAGCCAAAGGGACUUCAGAAGACAGACCUCUAUCAUCUUCAGAAGUCCUUGCUGGAAAUGAAGGAGUUAAGAAGAACAAGUAAGAAGCAAACCAAGUUUGAAGUACUCAGAGAAAAAGUUGUGAACUUUAUUGACUCUCUGGUGAGAGAUUAUCUUUCACCUCCCGAGACACAGCCUCUGCAUGAGGUGGUGUAUUUCAGUGCUGCUCACACCCUUCGGGAACACUUAAAUGCUGCUCCACGAAUCGCCCUUCAUACUGCACUUAACAAUCCUUACUAUUAUCUAAAGAAUGAAGCACUGAAAAGUGAAGAAGGCUGCAUUCCAAAUAUUGCCCCAGACAUCUGCAUAGCUUAUAAACUGCACCUGGAAUGUAGCAGGCUAAUCAACCUUGUGGACUGGUCAGAGGCUUUUGCAACAGUUGUCACAGCUGCUGAAAAAGUGGAUGCAGAUUCUACACCCUCAGAAGAAAUGAAUGAAAUUAUCCAGUAUCCUUUUAUCAGUUCUACAAUGGUCCCAGAACACACAGAACUCUCUGCUAUGGCCUGGGAAAUCAGCAGAAGACAGCUCAAGUCCUUGUGUCCCUACAGCCGCUUGGGAGAUCUGGAAGAAGCUCCUGGCUUCGGAUCGCCACAGCUCUGGCCUUUGCGGCCAAUUGGGGAGUGAACCAGAGGAUGGAAGACCUUUCUCUCUCUGCCUCUCCUCUGUGUAACUCUCUCAAAUUAAUAAUUAAACCUGAAAAAAAAGUAGGUAGUCUUCUCAAAGGCAAGAAAUUCACUGUGGUUUCACACAUGCACAGAGAACACCCCUUGAAGUCAACAGUAACAGAUAAUGUGUUAACAAAGGACUAUAGGAACCACAAAUUGCUGGCUAACUGAGUUCCAGGUACUUGAAAAUACCCACUCCUUUAACACCAUUAGUUUCCUGAACCAACUGAGGUCCAAACUCAAUUCAUGCUGUCACUGUAUAUUCUUCAAGGAGAUUCAAAAGUUUGUUUUCAAAUAGGAAAAAUACCCAAAACUAGGUACUUUAAUGAUUUUUUUUCUCAACCUCAUAUUACUUCUAUUACUGUGCAUUCCCAGGUCUAUCUAAACAACAGGAAAGACCUAUCCUACUCAAGCAAUACACCAUAUAUUCUUUUUCCUAUAAAGGCAUUCAAAAACUAAAGAAAUUACUCUCCUUUACACUUCAGGUUAUGCUUCCAUAGCAACCAUAGUGGUUAUUACUAUCCAGGCUUAGCCUAUGUGUUUUCUAUGCUCAAGUUACCGCUUAUUUUCUACUGUCAAUAAA